UUCUUCACCACAUAAUAGUCCUGCAGUGUGCUCGCAUGUAUCAAGGAAAUAACUCAUGCUUGGUAUGAAGAUGCCUUUACGUAUUUCAGAACCAGCUGUUAGCUACGUUACAAGGGUUUAACUUUCUUUGGCGCGGUUUUGGUUCUCAACAUGGCAGCACAAGGUGCAUUCAGGAGGAUGGCAGCCUGUUUGGUCCUGGUGCUCCUCUGUCUGACUGAAGACCAGCAAGCCUCAAAGACAGUCAGGAGUUACUAUGAUACUCUGAAUGUUGAGCCAACAGCCACGGACAGCCAGAUUAAAAAGUCUUUUCGUAGCCUGGCAGUGAGGUACCACCCUGAUAAGAACAAGAGCGCCCAAGCUGAAACCACCUUCAGGGAGAUUGCAGAAGCCUAUGCCGUGCUCUCUGAUAAGAAGAAAAGGCGUCUCUAUGACAACGUGGGCCAUGAAGCUUUCCUAGAAAACCAGGCCUCCCUUGAGGCCGAGGACGACGAUGAUGAGACCAGCUUCCACUUCAGUUUCUCAGACAUCUUCCAGGAUUUCCAUGACAGUCCGUUUUUGGAUGAACCACGCUUCCACUGGAGCUUUCUCCAGGAAGUGGAAGAAGAGGAUUUUCAGAACAAACAUUACAGUUUUGAAGAGUCAACAUUCAGCUUUUAUUUUGAUGAUGAAAAUGAUGAGGAGCAUUACUAUUAAUCUCUAUUUUCCUUUAUGUUGUGUUUUAGUAUGUCAUCUUUCAUUUAUAAU